ACAAAACAUUAACUCAUGAGUUAUCGCCGUGAUGGUAGAUCGUCGACGAUCCAAAAUAAAAAUCAAAUCAAACUCCUAUAUUUCUCUCAUUCAUUAUUAUAAGAACCCUGUCGUUUCAUUUCAUCUCCUCCCCCUCUCCCUCUCCCUCUCACUCUCUCGCGGCCGUACUCUCAGCCGGAGUUUGAAAACCGGAAUCGGAUGGAUCCCGACUCCUUGUCCAAGGCCUUCGUCGAGCACUACUACAGCACCUUCGAUGCGAAUCGUGCCGGCCUUGCAAAUCUCUACCAGGAAAGUUCGAUGUUGUCCUUCGAAGGUCAAAAGAUCCAAGGCUCGCAAAACAUCGUGGCCAAACUCACCAGUCUCCCCUUCCAGCAGUGUCAGCAUAGUAUUUCCACCGUCGAUUGCCAGCCGUCCGGUCCCGCUGGCGGGAUGCUGGUCUUCGUCAGCGGUAACCUCCAACUCGCCGGUGAACAGCAUGCUCUCAAGUUCAGCCAGAUGUUCCAUUUGAUGCCGACGCCUCAGGGAAGCUUCUAUGUGUUGAAUGACAUUUUCAGGUUGAACUAUGCAUGAAGACAUGAUCGCCAUUUGUCUGGACCAUCGGCUAUACAAAAUCCAGGAUAUAAACAAGUUUGCUCAUCUCUGUUUCAUUCUAGGUUGGGAUUUUUUCGGUUGUUGUGUUUGAUGCAUCAUAUCCUUCCUGGUCUGUCUCCAUAAUUCAGAGACACUUCUGUCUUAUUAUUGAUUGAGUUGGUGAAGAUGUUUUCUUAUGAUUUGAAUGUUUGAUGACUUUAUAGUUUUAGCGCAUAUUUUGCAGACAUAAUUUCUAAGCAAGGAAUCCAAAAUUUGAAACUGUGCGUAAAAUCCUUUU